AUGGCCUGGCUCGCCCUGCGCAGCCGCCUCCUCCCCCACUCCGCCGCCGCCGCCGCCACGCCCCACCGGCUCCUGCUCUGCCUCCUCUCCACCGCGGCCCCGCGCCACUCCCACGCCCACCACCACCACCACCACCGCCGCCGCCACUCCCCCACCGCAGUCUACGCCAGCGCGGCCGCGGCCGCCGAGGCGCCGCGCCCCAUGCCGCCCAUCGCCCGCGCCACGCGCCACCCCGGGGGCGCCUCCUCCGUCGCGCGCGUUUACGCCGACGCCAACUCCCAGCGGCCCAAGGAGUACUGGGACUACGAGGCGCUCAGCAUCGACUGGGGGGAGCAGGAUGGCUACGAGGUGCUGCGGAAGGUGGGCAAGGGCAAGUACAGCGAGGUCUUCGAGGGCUUCCGGACCGGGAGCCAAGAGCGGUGCGUCAUUAAGAUCCUCAAGCCCGUCAGGAAGAAGAAGAUAAAGAGGGAAAUAAAGAUACUUCAGAACUUAUAUGGAGGACCGAAUAUUGUUACGCUACUCGAUGUUGUCCGAGACGAUGAUUCAAAGACGCCUAGUCUAGUCUUUGAAUAUGUCGACAAUACCGACUUCAGAGUGCUCUACCCCACUUUUUCAGAUUAUGAUAUCAGAUACUAUAUUUUCGAAUUAUUGAAGGCACUAGAUUUUUGUCACUCACGGGGUAUCAUGCAUCGAGAUGUCAAACCCCACAAUAUCAUGAUUGAUCAUGCGAAACGUCAGCUCCGUCUUAUUGAUUGGGGUCUCGCUGAGUUCUAUCAUCCCAGGAUGGAAUACAAUGUUAGAGUUGCUUCAAGGUGUUAUAAGGGCCCUGAAUUACUUGUGGAUUUGUUAGACUACGAUUACUCAUUAGAUUUGUGGAGCCUUGGUUGCAUGUUUGCAGCAAUGAUAUUCCGUGUGGACCCUUUCUUUCAUGGUCAGGAUAACUACCAGCAAUUAGUCAAAAUAACCAAGGUUCUUGGAACAGAUGAUUUCCACAGCUACCUCGAAAAAUACGGCCUUGAGAUUGACCCACAGCUUGAAAUGCUUGUUGGAAGACACAGAAAGAAGUCAUGGAUAAAGUUUGUUGAUGCAGAGAACAGACACUUAGUGAGCCCUGAGGCAAUCGAUUUUCUAGACAAGCUGCUUCGCUAUGAUCACGAGGAACGGCUUACAGCAAAGGAAGCCAUGGCCCAUCCCUAUUUCAAUCCAGUGAGAAGCUCUGAAAGCACCCAGGAGUAUGGUCAAUAGCGAUUUGCACUGUCGUGCAAGUGACACGACAUAUAUGACAAUUUUUUUGUAAACUGCAUGUCUGAACAUGAACUAACACAGAAUGAGUGUAUUUUAUUUUCGAGGCGCGUGCAUGGUAUAUCCAGAAUAACGCAUUGACUGGGAUGUAAUUGUCACAUUUUUUUUGUUUAUUUGAUUUCAUUCUUAUUUCUCUGUUGCUUCCGAAUAUAUUUUUUUGUAUCAAUAAGAUUCCAUCUCACUAGUUGGUUUUGAAUAGUCUUCA